AACGGAAGGGAGGAAUAUGGGAUCCUUCGUGGCAUCCUGAAUCGGUAUGUGUUUUAUCACAUUUUACAAGUGUUUGCAGUUGUCGAUUAACUAUACUUAUUGGAUAAGUUUGAAAAAGGGAUCUUUAACCUACGUCGCGGCCAUCUUCUUCUUCUUCUUCCUCGUCGGAUCCCUGCUUCCGCACCCGUCUCGCACGGACGUAUCAGCGUUUCGCCGUCGCAUCCCACAAUGGCCGCCUGUUUAUGACAAUUCGGAGGCACGUAUCAUAGGGACUCAUCGGGCAGCAACGUGCUGAGGCGCGACCUGCCGCAGGAGCGGUCUGACCUGGCACUCGCAGGUGCAGCGCGGCACAACGGGAACACCCACCUGCAUUGUCACCGCAACUA